AUCAAUUAAACACAGAUUAAUCUACAAAACGUUAAUCAGUCAAACACAUUAACCCCGCUCACCUCGGGGUAUAGCAGGAAAAAAGAUGCGGGACGCGAGUGCUGAGCAGCGGUUGCGAUACAUGACUGCCACAGUUGUAACGCCAUUCAAAAAUGCUCAGACAGAAAAGCUCAAACAAACAAACGAACCUAUGUGUAUGAUAAUCUAACAGUUUUCCGAUCAACGGAGGACGCUCGUGUCUGACCGCAUAACAAUUCAUUCGGCGGAGUCCGGAUAAGAGACGAAGCUAUCCUUGGCGUUAAUUCACAUGAAUAUCACUAUAAUUUUCUCUAUUGCACUACAAUCACUGUCUUCGCCGUUUCCUCCAUACAUUCCCAAUGCGACUCCGCCCUUUCUUCUCCUUUCUGCCCUUCUUCUUCUUCCUCCUCUUCCCUUUCACUCCCCCUUUCACUCACUCCCUUCAUCUCCCGAUCAUCAACGAUCAGCUGCAAACCUACAUUGUACAUGUCAAGAAACCUCAGCUGCUCUUCCGUUCUCCCUCUCAUUUCAAGAGCUGGCAUAUUUCCUUCCUCCCCAACACCACCCUCUCCUCCGGCGAGCCCCGACUAGUCUACUCCUACCGUAACUCCAUCGCAGGCUUCGCCGCCCGACUCACCCCUCAAGAAGUUGAAGCCAUGAAAUCCAUCGACGACUUCCUCUUCGCCCAGCCAGACCGCCCCCUCUUUCCCCAUACAACCUACACCCCUCAAUUCCUCAACCUGGACGAUUGGACAGCCAGCCACGGCAGUGCAUGGGACAAGUCCUUCUAUGGGGAGGGCGUUGUCAUCGGCGUCAUCGAUACCGGCAUUUCCCCAACCCACCCAGCUUUCCACGAAGAAGGCGUUCCGCCCCCACCGGUCAAAUGGAAGGGCCAAUGCUCCAUCGCCAAUUGCAACAACAAGCUCAUCGGCGCAAAGGCAUUCCGCGCUGGCGAUCGGAAGGCUUCUCCAAUCGAUUUCGACGGGCAUGGAACGCAUGUUGCUGGAAUCGCUGCAGGGAACUUUGUAAGCCAUGUCGAUGUUGGUGGAAUGGCCCGCGGAAGAGCAUCGGGGAUGGCUCCUAAAGCUCACCUUGCUAUCUACAAAGUCUGCUUCGAGGGCCAAUGCAGGGAUAGCGAUGUAUUGGCCGCUAUCGAUCAAGCGAUUCAUGACCGAGUCGAUGUCCUUUUGAUCCCUCUCGGCGGGAUGCCCAUGCCUUUGUAUCAGGACAGCGUCGCCGUAGCCUCUUUUGCCGCGGUUGGAAAGGGAAUCGUCGUCUGCACCUCGGUUGGAAAUGGCGGGCCGAGAAACGGCGAGAUCAGCCAUGAGGCUCCAUGGUUGGUGACCGCAGGCGCGAGCACCCUCGAUAGAAGGGUUAGAGCAGCGGUGAGACUUGGGAACGGCGUGGAUCUGAUGGGAGAAAGCGCGUUCCAGCCGCCGAGCGACGAGUUUCCUCCCAUCUUCCUGCCGCUAGCUUUCCCGGGCAUAGAUGGCGACGCGGCCGCUUCAAAUUGUCACAAUCGUUCCCUCGCAGAUCUCGAUCUUAGAGGAAAGAUCGUCCUCUGCUUCGCCGGCGAAGAGGUUAACACCGGAAAGACCCACGCGGCACGGAACGCCGGCGCUGCCGCCGUGAUAUUGAUAAACCGGCGGAAUCGUGGGUUCACCACGCGCUCCGAGUUGCACGAGUUGCCUGCGUCACAUCUGAGUUAUUUGGACGGACUGCGACUCCGAAGUUAUAUCUAUUCUACAUCGUCGCCGGUGGCUGCGAUAUUUUUCAACAGCACGAUAUUUGGGGCGCGGCCGUCGCCGGCAGUCGCCGCAUUCUCCUCGCGAGGGCCUAGCUUGAUGAACGGUGGCCUGCUGAAGCCAGACAUCGUCGCCCCGGGAGUAAACGUUAUCUCCGCGUGGUCACCGGUAGCCUCCUCGUCACUGUUCAGUUUCAUGAGCGGGACAUCCAUGGCCGCUGCUCACGUCGCCGGUGUGGCUUCUCUGGUAAGGAGGAAGCACCCGCGGUGGUCGCCGGCGAUGAUCCACUCAGCUAUCAUAACAUCAGCGACAAACCAGGAUAUUGAUGGGCAUCAGAUGUUCGACGAAUUGUCUUACAAUAGCUCGGCGAGCCUCUUUGCCGCCGGAGCUGGGCAGUUGCACCCAGAGGGAGCGCUAAAUCCCGGUCUGGUCUUCGAUAUGGAGCAAAAACAUUACUUGCAUUAUCUAUGUGGAUUGGGGUAUACCAACACGGAGAUGUGGGCAAUCGCGAAGCAGUUUGUUUCAUGCAACAAGAGCAUGGAGGCGGCGGAUUUGAACUACCCAUCAAUCUCAGUGAGCUUGGGAUCAAACUCAGAGAAAAGUGUGGUUCGAAGUGUGAAAAGCGUGAGGAAAAGAAGCACUGUGUACUGGGCUAGAAUUGAGGAGCCGAGAGGAGUGAGAAUUGAUCUAUCACGUUAUGAGUUGAGCUUCUCAAGGCUGAACCAGGAAGAGAGUUUUGAGAUAAAAUUUAGGAUCCAAG